AUGGUGAGCCACAAGACAGCACGCGGCGGGAUUGGACCACGCAACACCGUAGUGGCGCAAGAAAGGGAUCCCUCCCCUCACAUGGAGCAGCAGGAGCGGCAAAAGCAGGAGCAGCUGGAGCGGCAAAAGCAGGAGCAGCUGGAGCGGCAAAAGCAGGAGCAGCUGGAGCGGCAAAAGCAGGAGCAGCUGGAGCGGCAAAAGCAGGAGCAGGAGGAGCGGCAAAAGCAGGAGCAGGAGGAGCGGCAAAAGCAGGAGCAGCUGGAGCGGCAAAAGCAGGAGCAGCUGGAGCGGCAAAAGCAGGAGCAGCAGGAGCGGCAAAAGCAGGAGCAGCUGGAGCGGCAAAAGCAGGAGCAGCUGGAGCGGCAAAAGCAGGAGCAGCUGAGGCAGCGGCAAAAGCAGGAGCAGGAGGAGCGGCAAAAGCAGGAGCAGCUGGAGCGGCAAAAGCAGGAGCAGCUGGAGCGGCAAAAGCAGGAGCAGGAGGAGCGGCAAAAGCAGGAGCAGCUGGAGCGGCAAAAGUAG